GGCGAUGGGUGAACUGUGCAGGCCUGGAGUGGAAGGUAGUGGAAGGACGGACUCAGGGCGAAUGGAAUGUAGCGGAAGGCGGGCCCUCACUGCCCCGGCGCCACCCCCUGAGCCCUCUCGCCACCCGUGCCUCCCUGCACGCGCGACCCCAAAGGCGGACGAACUUGGGAAACUAUCUAGGUUUCACAACUCGGCUGAGGACGCAAUGCGCGCAACCCUUGAACCCGUACAAGUUUACAUCCUGAACUCAGAUCAGUGCAGAUUUACUAACUGGUGAGAAACGCUGGAUCGGUGCUUACCGUCCCAAAAGACUCGUCGCCUUUCGCCAGGAGACUUUUGACUGCUGGCAAGGGCGUAAUGGAAGGCAUCGUGUUCAUGACGAGGCAGACCCUAUGUCGCGUUGUUUGCGGUUCACUCGGGAUUAUAGGGUUGCGUCUUUCUUCCCUCGUCAUCACAAUCUCCUUUCCUUCCUACCCUCAACCUCGACUGAGUUCCCAAUCCAACUUCUGUCUUCCAGGUCACAUCGGUGGGAGUUUUAUGGGCAGCUGGGAG